UAUUAUAUUACUGGAUAAAUCACAUUAAUUUCCAAAUGAAUUUUAUAUUAUUUAUUUUUUUAUCUGGGGUUUUCCUUCCAGAGAUUAACAAUUUGAAGACCCAGACAGACGAGAUACCUGAGGCAGUGUCUCCAGAGGACUAUCCAUAUUAUCACGAUGAUGACAGUCCUGAUAAUCCGGCUACUGAUCCUACUGUACACGAUCCUACUGUACACGAUCCUACUCUACACGAUUCUGGUAUACCUGAAGAUGAAAUCAACAUGGAUAAUAACUUAAUCCACAAAAUAGAAUACACGUAUCCGGAUCACACAUCUGCAAAUCACAAAACUGACAAUCAUUACAAAGAUACCAAACAAUAUGUUUUCACCACACGAAAUCCAAAUGGUACUGAAUCUGAAAUAUCUGUGAGGGCCACCACUGAUCUGAGAUUCGCGCUAAAGAACUAAACAACCCCAAAUGUUCCUGCAUUUUGGACAAUGUUAGUUAAAGCUAUAAAUGGGACAACGGUGAGCAUGGAUGAUAAAGAUGAGUUAUUUCAACCAAUUCCAAGCUCUGAUUUGAAUUCUACAAGUGGAGACAAACUGUCAGAGCUAGAGGAAAUCAAGGUCAAAUUAAUGCUGGGCAUCACACUGAUGACUCUGAUCCUUUUAGUCCCUCUCUUGAUCUUCUGUUUUGCCACGCUCUGCAGACUAAGGCAACUGAGUAAGAAAAGAGAAGAGAGUCAUUACUCCAUAAACCCAGAGCUGGCCACAAUGUCUUACUUCCAUCCAUCUGAAGGUGUAUCAGAUACAUCUUUUUCUAAGAGCGCAGACAGCAGCACAUUUUGGGGCACCACUUCCUCAGAAAUGAAAAAAUCAGGCACAUUGUCAAAAUCUAAAACAGUUAUGGAUACUUCCACAGGCUCCGAUGAAACAGGGUUAAAUGAAGAAUUAGAAUUACUUAACAGUGAGGAAGCCAAUACUGAUUAA